AUGGCAUCGUCAGUAGAAGAAUUAAAUUGGAAGUUGUCACUUCAGAAUGAAUUCAUAUGGGAAUGUCAAAGUAAUAUUGAUCUAUGGGAUGCAACGCAAACCCCCGAAUGGACACCUUAUUCUAAUGCUAUAUCAUCAGACAUUGAGGAAGCUUAUAAACGCGGUUUGAAAGAGAUAUUUAUUGACGAAAAUUAUCGUAUUGAUUUGAAACACUAUGUACAAGAGCAUAUCAACAAUCCACACCAACAACGACCCGUUCGACGGCGACGAUGUCGUCUUCCUUCAACUAUUGUCAUUGAAGGAGAAACGGAAGAUGAAUCAUCACGUCGUGAACGAUUUUCAUCUCCUUUAGGAUUAGUUUUCAGCCGCAGUGCAACAGGAGAUACAACUUAUUAUGGUUCGUCAUUUAUUCAUGAUUGGUUAGUGAUAUUUACUAAGGGAAAAAUGAAGGUUACAUUCGAUACCAUUUUUCCCGUUCUUCUAAAAGGCUUAAUCGAGGAGGGACAAUUCGAUACAGAAAAUAAAGUGCAUGAAAUCGAGGCAGUGUUGAACAAGGUCGAAAAGGACACUCGUGAAAAAAGUUCGAAGAAGAGAAUCAAAGAGCUACAAAAUUGCUGUGCUAAACUUUAUACAAAAGCGUGUUAUAUAUAUUGUGUCGUAAACGCUGCAUUGCGUGACGAUGAUCGAACGAAACUUCAUACUCUUGGACCUUUCUGCUAUCUCCUAUUCAACUAUAUUGGUCGACGUUUCAAAGACAAUUCUUCAAUUCGUGAUCGCCUUCGACGAGUUCUUCGCCCAAGCGAAAUUCAAUCGAUGACUCUCUAUCGCGGCGAUCGUAAUUCUGACAACGUUGUAGAAGAAUAUCGACGGGCAGCUGGAGACAGUUCCAAACAGUUUAAAUGGCUUCCAUUUGUUUCCACUUCAUACGACCGAGCUGUGGCUGAAAGGUUCGCAGUGGACGUUUUGUAUAUAAUUGAAAUGCUAUCUUAUUCGUCGGAUGAAGAUCAAUUUACAGAUCUGACAACCAUCGGUCAUUACGCUGAUGAAAAAGAAAUUUUAUUACUUCCAGGAGUGCAAUUUCAAGUAAACAAAUUAGAAUUUGAUAAUGAAAAGGGAGUACAUUUGGUCUAUAUUAAAAUUAAUUCAUCGUACAUAUCCAGAUUGAAAUGAUUGUUGAGACCAGUUUCAUUUGAACAGAAAAAAACAGUUCAUGAUAUCAAAAAUAAAUCAAAUGAGAUCUUUUUAGCCCAAAAAAUGUUAAUAAACGGUCUAUAAAAAAUGAUUGAAUAAUCCAAAUAAAAUAAGACGAUCUUGUAAUUUGUUUUCCGAUUAUCUAUGAGUUGGUGUUUUAUUCAUAUCUCUCUCACUUCAACAUCCACAUCCACAUCCAACAAACAUGCGCAAAACAAAACGAACAAACUAUAUAAUAAAACAUCAAAGAAUGCUUCUCAUCUCCUCUUUCAAUAAAUUCCUAUUCCAUCAAGAGGAAUGUUACUGAUUGUCUGACGUCUCAUUGUGGUAUUCUGAUGUGAGUUCCAUAUUUUAGCUCCAUAAUGGCUGCACUGACAAGAGUUUUGAGACAAUCAAAACGCUCGAGACCAUCACUCGAUUGAUUAUUACCAUGACUGAUAAGUUGACUAUUAUUGAUCUGGUUUACAUUCUCCAAUAGUGUACUUCUCAGUUCUUCAAUGAGCAAGGAUUGAGUAUAUUCUUGAAGAUGCCUAAGAUUCAGCUCUUUUCCCAAUUUGGAUGAAUUAGUCAGCAUCCGAUACAGGAAUGCGCUGAUAUCAUCAAAAAUUUCUGUUUAAAUUCAUGGUUCGAUGGCGGCAUUCAGAUCUGCAUGUUUCAUAGGCACUAGUUUAGAAGGAAAAAUAACUCUAUAUACCAUAAAGAUGACUCCUGCAAUCAUCCAUUGUCGCUUGUUAUCGAAAUCAUAAUUGUCAGAGUCAUUUUAUUAAGAUUCUUACGACUUCCGACAUUCAUUUCACGAAUGCAUAUUUCAUUUUAAAUUCGAUGAAAAUUGGAGAUUACUUCGAAUAUAACCUAUGUCUUGUAUCAACAAAAAAUGAUGAUAGUUACUUACACGCUAUCGCAGACAGUCAAAAUCAAUAAAAACAACUCGUUAAAACGCUCGAACAUUGAACGCGCUCCAAAUCGUAAAAAGCGCACAUUUUAACGCGUUACAACGUUUAAAAACGUUUUUAUGACGUUAGAUACUUUAAUAUGUUGAAAUGUGUGCUUUUUACGAUUUGAAAAUGGUUUAACAGUUUAAAUGCAUUUUAAUAUGUUCUAGUCUUGAAUUAAGCUAUCUUUUUAAAGAAAAAGCGACAACUCUAUACCUCAAGACUCCUUGACAGAUUUCCAUGACGAUUUCUUAGCUGUUUCAAUUUUAUUUCUAUCCUGUAUUGUUGUCAUAUAAGUUCAACUUUAUUAUCUGUUAAUCUAUUUCAAACUAUACUAUUCAAAUUUUGUCAUAAUUCAUACAAUUUUUCAAAUUUGAAUUAUAUGAAAAAACUUUGAUUGUAUAGUUUGAAAUAGAUUAACAGAUGAUAAAGUUUAACCUAUAUGACAAUAAUACAGGAUGAGAAUAAAACUGAAAGGGUGUGGGGAUGUGGGUGGUGUGGGUGGUGUGGGUGGUGUGGGUGUGGGUGUGGGUGAGGGUGUGGGUGUGCGGGUGGGUGAGGGUGUGGGUGGGUGUGUGGGUGUGGGUGUGGGUGUGGGUGUGGGUGUGGGAGUGUGGGUGUAGAUGUGUGUGUGGGCGCACAGAGCAUUAACAUCCACGCCCACAUCCGCGCCCACACACAAUCACACUCACCAACACCCACACCCAGAAAGUCAAGUUUACAGCAAUUACAUAUGUUGAUAGGCUAUCGAACGCUGUACCAAAUAGACUAUGCAGUUCCUUUUCUCUCGUUUUAUUAUACUCAAAAAGCGUCCUUAUUUUUUGCACAUGUCACCAAAAAAUCACAUGUUUUUCUGAAUUGUUUUUUAAAAGGCAGCGAGAACGUAGGGUGUGAGUGUAGGUAUGGAUGGAUGUCUGUGUGAGCGUGGAUCUGAGCUGUAGGUGUAGGUGGGUGUUCGUAUGAGUGUUGAAAAGAGACAUCUUGAUACUCACACUGACAUUCACACCCGUGCCCAUCUACAGUCCACACCCACACACACAACCACUUCAUCUAGUUCACAACUUUUUUGCGUAGUUUUGCAGAAUAGAUAUUUAUCAUAUGCAUAAAUCUUUUAUACAUGGUUAUUUUUCCUUCUGUUGUACAUUUGAAUAUAUACCAAUAAUCUUUUAGAAGUGGACAUCGUAGUGUUGAUUUGUAUAUGCUGAAUGUAUAAUUUCUGAUUAAAGUAAUCGAUUGGUAGUCUUAGUCGCAUAAAUUAUAUUUAGUAUACUUUCUUUUUAUGGAUGGAUGUGCGAUGUGGGUGUGAGUGUUUUAAUAAGAAAAGAGAGGAACCACACCCACACCACAUCAAGACCAACAUUCCACAUUCACACCCACCCAAACCCAGUCCACAUCCACACUCGAAAGCUAUUCGUGAAACAGUACUGCGUCGAACAAUUUGA